GUAGUAACGGGGAAGCGGCGGGAGGGGCCGCGGCUGCUGGGCCGCUGUGUCCGCCCGCCUCUGCCCGCUCCGGUGAUGCGGGAGCAGGUAACUGCUCUUGCAAGAUUCCUUGAAUCUGCAGGAAGGAGUCUCGGAGGCUGCUGAGACUUGGGCUGUAUGAAAACUCCCAGAGGAAAUGCCAGUUGGGAUGGCUCGAGAUCUGGAGGAAACUGGCUCAUCCUCAGAGGAAGAGGAGGAAGAAGAUGUUGGGCUGGAGGAUCAUCCAUGUAUCAAGUGGACCGGUGGUGGCUGCAGGCGGAUCCCUGUCUUGGUGUUUCAUGCUGAAGCCAUUCUGACCAACGACAGCUACCUCCGCCUAAUUGGAGAGCGCUACCACUUGUCCUAUAAGAUUGUGCGAACAGACAGCCGUCUGGUUCGAAGCAUUCUGACUGCCCAUGGAUUCCAUGAGGUGCACCCUAAUAGCAGCAAUUAUAAUCUCAUGUGGACAGGAUCACACUUGAAGCCCUACUUGUUGCGAUCCCUUACAGAUAUUCAGAAAGUCAAUCAUUUCCCUAGGUCAUAUGAACUCACACGGAAGGACAGACUAUACAAGAACGUCAGUCGUAUGCAGCUGGCCCAUGGAUUCAAGACAUUCCAUAUCUUACCUCAGACCUUUAUCCUGCCAACAGAGUACCAGGACUUCUGCAAUACCUAUUCUAAGGACAGAGGCCCAUGGAUAGUGAAGCCCGUGGCCUCUUCCAGGGGUCGAGGUGUCUACCUGAUAAACAAUCCAAACCAGAUUGUCCUGGAAGACAACAUCCUGGUUUCUCGUUACAUCAGCAACCCCCUGCUCAUAGAUGAUUUCAAAUUCGAUGUACGCCUCUAUGUUCUGGUUACAUCCUAUGAUCCACUUGUCAUCUAUCUCUACGAGGAAGGAUUGGCCAGGUUUGCAACAGUGAGGUAUGACCAGGCAUCCAAGAACAUUAAAAACCAGUUCAUGCAUCUGACCAACUACAGUGUCAACAAGAAAAGUGGAGAUUAUGUCAGCUGUGAUGAUCCUGAAGUAGAGGAUUAUGGAAACAAGUGGAGCAUGAGUGCAAUGCUGAGGUACUUAAAACAAGAGGGGAGAGACACUGCAGCACUGAUGGCCAACGUGGAGGACCUGAUUAUCAAGACUGUAGUUUCUGCUGAGCUGGCCAUAGCCACAGCCUGUAAAACUUUUCUUUCACAUCGUGGCAGCUGCUUUGAGCUGUAUGGUUUUGAUGUCCUUAUUGAUGACACUCUCAAGCCCUGGCUGUUGGAAGUGAACCUAUCCCCAUCAUUGGCCUGUGAUGCUCCUUUGGACCUGAAGAUCAAAGCUAGCAUGCUCUCAGAUAUGUUCACUCUUGUAGGUUUCGUGUGCCAGGAUCCAGGCCAGCGGUCAAGCCGGGCCAUUUAUCAUUCAUCUGAAUCUGUCAGGAGAAAUCCAUACCAGAAGCUGCAGCAUCCUGUGUCUGCGCAGUCGCAAACAGCAAACACCAGGUUGCGUACCCGUCCUCUGUCUGCCAGUGAUGCUGAAAUUAAAAACCCAGUGCCCUCAGGCAGGGAAAAAGCAACAGGAAGGCAAGGCAGCUCUGUGCUAGGUCUCUCCAUGGAGGAGAUAAAAGUUCUUCAUCGAGUGAGAGAGGAGAAUGAACGGAGAGGAGGCUUCAUCCGGAUAUUCCCUACCCCAUUAACAUGGGACCUUUAUGGAUCCUUUUUAGAGCACAAGACAUCAAUGAACUACAUGCUGGCUACACGUCUGUUUCAGGACAGGGGCAAGAUGAAAAGAGACUUCAUCACUGGGAGAUCCCGAGCAGGUCUUAAUGGAAGGCUGGAUAUGAAGCUGGAAGCUGUAGACUCUCAUGCUCUCUUUUAUGAGAGAAAGCUUGUUUCACUGGAGUUACGGAAGCGCCGGCGAUGUCAUGGCAAGGCUAGAGCAGCACGGACAAGAUCAUCAGGGGCAUCAGAAACAACAAAGCUGUCCCUCAAGUCAGAUGCAGAAGGUGAGGAGGAAGAGGAGGUGGAUGCAGGUGAAGAUGAAGAGCUAGAUAGAACUGUUGGCUCUCUUUCGGACACCCAGGUGAAAAGCAAGCCAAAGCUGUCUGACUUGGUGAAAACUGCUUGUAAGGAGAGUUUGCCAGAAAAACUCGACAAGAAAACCGGAGAUGGAGGAGAGCUGUUCCUUCAAAAAACAGACUCAGGAUCUCAGUUUAACUUGCUGCAGAUUCUUCAAAAACAUGGGAAUCUGAGCAAAGUGCAAGCUCGCAGGGCUUUCUCUGCCUAUCUACAGCAUGUUCAGUUGCGACUGAUGAAGGAGGCUGGUGACCAGAUCCAGAAUCCCACCUGGGCUGCCAAAGAGGAUGAGCAAAUGGAGCUUGUGGUACGCUUUCUGAAGCGAGCUGCCAGCAAUCUUCAGCAGUCCUUGAGGAUGCUACUCCCCAGCCGUCGUUUAGGACUAAAUGAUCGUCGUCGUAUCCUGGCUCACCAGCUGGGCGAGUUCAUAAUCUGUUAUAACAAGGAAACGGAGCAGAUGGUUCAGAAAAGACCAAAAAAGAAACAGGAAGAGGAGGAGGAGGGAGUGAAUCCUGAAGGUUUUCAGAACUUUAUUACCAGAGCAAGUGAAAGUGACCUGGAGAAAGUGCUGACAUUUUACACACACAAAAACAAGUCAGCUGGUGUCUUCCUAGGAACAAAUUCCACAAGCACAAAACCCAGCAACACCAGGAACCAGUCAGAGAAACAGCCUCAAGGGGUUCCAGAAGGACCCACCUUCUCCUUAAAUGCUGAAGUGAAAUUACCUCAGUGCGGCCCUCCUAGUGCUUCUUCAUCUGUUUCUGGUGCCACGUUCCAGAGAAGUACCAGUUCCUGGAUACCAGCUCAGCCUCCAGCCUCUGAAAAUUCACAGGUUCCUGGUCACCAUUCCUUGCCAGCUCCUCUGGUUGGUCCUAGGCUGAUUCAGUCCCCAUCCCCACUACCCUUCUUGCAGAGUACAGCUCCUGACAGCUCUUCUGUCUUCACAAACCCAGUGUCCAGUGAGGCUUCUAGCCUUGCAGGGUUACAUCAUUGUCAUUCUGGUAGCUACACCAUUGGCCCAUUCUCAUCUUUUCAGAGAGCUGCUCAGAUCUACAGCCAACGAUUGUCCCGACCAUCCUCUGCAAAAGUAGGUUUGUGCCAUCGUAGUCCAAGUGCGCAGCGUGUGGGCUCAGCCAGGAUGUACAAAGAUGCAGAAGAUACUUCUUCCCAGGGCAAACGUUAUAGCCCCAGUAUGGUAGCAGCAGAACUGCAGCAGCUGGCAGAAAAGCAAGCAGCCUGUCAGUAUUCCCCACCAAGCCACAUCAGUAUCCUUACACAGCAGUUAACAAACCUGAACUUGGCAAGUGGAGCUAUAAGCAAGGGGAAAGGAGCUGCCCCACAGAGCUACCGGUCACCACUUAACAAAAGAGGGUCAUUGUGGGCUGUUCAGUCAGACACUCAUAUAGCUGACAAAAAAUCUGUCUCUUCAGCAGUCAGGGCUCCAGAGAAUCAUCAUUUUGCCUGGGACAAAGAGAUGGAGAACAGUGUCUACAACAAGGUGACACAGAGUCCACUGGCACAUCCUAACUAUCAGCUCCAUUUUGCUGUGCAGCAACUUCAGCAGCAGAAACUUCAGUCACGACAGCUGUUGGAGCAAAGCCAAGCCCGGCACCAGGCUCUCUUUGCCAGCUACUCACGAUCCAGCACCAGCCAUAUAUCUAUGCCAGCUGGCUCUGAUGCCCGCAAGACAUCAAGUGCCACUUCUAGUAUCCAGAAGGCAGCCAGUUUGCACAAAGUGAUGCCAUCCCAGAAUACACCUUCUCAGCUGGUUCCAAAGCCUCCAGCCAACCACAGGCAGGCAGCGAUCAGAAAGGCUGCAGCCCAGAGGAUUUCCAAGGUGACAUCCACUGAAAGGCAACUGAAUGGAUUCCAGAACAGCCUUCACAGUGCUGCAUCCUGUGAGCCAGGGACAAAUUCCACAGCCUCUGCUCGCAGAGAAGGACCGACACUGAACACCAGGUGAGGAAUCCAGGGUGUUGCUUCAGGUAUAGGACAAAGGAAAAAGCAGCAGUGACUUUGUACCACCACACUCCCAUAACACCCAGGAAAGAGUGAAGAGGAGGCCCUGGUUAGAGGACAACCCACUGAGGAGAGUAUAUGAACAUCUGUGGAAGCUGGUGAUACACCUGCAAGCUGAGGUGAAUGAUUGCCUCUGAGAGCUUCUGCUGCUGAGUCUUGGGGUCCCUUCCUCCCACCUCUUCCUGAUCACUAACUGUGAGAUCUUUCUAGAAGACGCAGGUCCUCCAGCUGUCUGUAUUGUUCCUAAGGUCCAAAUUUGAACAUAAAGUCUCAUUUGCCUAGCCAUUUCAGUCUGUCCCAGUCUAGUAACAGCUAAGAUUUUCUGCUGUCAUUACAUGGCAACGAUCACAGAGAAAAAUAUUGGAACAUAUGACUGGAGACAUUCGUGUUGGUUGCCAUCUUGAAUUUUGGCACAGAGCCAUAGAAAUUAUUGGUCUGAAUAAAGUAAUUUAAUU